AUGGCACACCCAAAGAGGCCCGAGUUCAAGAUUGAGGGAAACAUCCAAGAAAAUUUCCGAAACUUUGAGGUUAGAUUCAACGAUUUUUGUAUUCAAGCGGAUUAUCGCGAUUUGUCAAAAGACCCGGUAGAGAAACCGGGGGAACACUACGAAAAACCACAAUUAGAAAUAUCGGCACUUCGUUCAGCAAUGCCGGACGAGGCAUUAUCGGUAAUAAGGUACACCAUCAUGCCACAAAUACCAGAAGCUGACAAAAAUAAACCCUGGGUUUGGAUGGCGAAAUUACGAGCCCACUACACUGGUACAAUGGACAGCUCACUACUAACAUGCAGAUAUCAGUUUUGGAACAUCAACCAAAAUCCUCAACAGUCCGUGCAAGACUGGGAAGUAUCUGUCAGACAGGCAGAAGAGAGCCAGGAACAUGCCAUUGGUGUGGUGAUCUCGAGAGGACAAAGAAGCCAGAGGGGAGCACGUGGCCAACGAUAUAAUUGGAGGGGACGACAACAAAGAUCUGGAAACCGCUGGAACCAGCCUGGUCAUGAGAUACACUAUGCAGAUUAUGACUACGAUACUGAUGACUACGAAGCCCAAUGCUACUCCCUUGACGUACAGGUGCACAGCAUCACAUCGACAUCAACAACUGGAAGGAAAUAUUUCGUACAACUGCCACUGUCCACGGCUGGAGCAGAAUUUCAGAAAAUCACCUUCCAAAUAGACACCGCAGCCACGUGUAACACUAUAUCCGAAGGCACACUUCAUCAGUCAUUACCAAGUGCAAAGGUUACAAAGACCUCAUAUGUUCUACAUCCUUAUGGAAAUGGCAGUCCAAUACGGCCAGUGGGCCAAGUAGAGCUUGUUUGCGAAACAGAGAACAAGUUCUCAACACUUACUUUUCAAGUCUUACCUGAUGAUCUCAUGAAAGGAAAACCAGCCCUUCUAUCAGGAAGCGACAGCGAGAGCCUAGGGCUAAUCAAGAUACAAGCCAGUGAAGUGUUUGCCCUAUCCACUUUAGUUCAGAGAGCAACAACAAGUCAACCAACAGACGUAGGAAAUCAGCCAUUGACGUGUAAUCAUCAAAAGCAGAUGGAGAAUAAGACACCUCGACCCUGCACCAAGACGCCCACCCCAUCUCACAAAAUCACUAUUCCACGAAACCGCAGGCUUCCAAAGGCGGGUGAACUCACAAAAGACGACAUUCUAAAGGAGUAUGCAGAUAACUUUCAAGGUCUGGGCAACCUAGGCCCCCCAGUCCACUUCCAGAUGGAUCAAACUGUGCAUCCCGUACAAAUGCCAGUACAUAGAAUAGCAGUAGCAAAACGACAGCAAGAAAAAGAAACACUUGACCGCUAUGUCGAGAAAGGAAUCAUGGCCAAAGUUGACGAACCAACCCCGUGGUGCUCAAACGAGCUGAUAAGAGAGAGCCCAACUAAAUUCAGAGUGUGCAUAGAUCCAACCCAAACGAUAAACAAAGUUAUACUUCGACCAGUUCACCAGAUGCCCACACUCAAUGAACAACUACACAAGCUGAGUUCUGCAAAAUGUUUCUCGUUAGUCGACGCAAAAGAGGGCUUCCUACAAAUACCACUCGACGAGGAAUCAUCAUACAUGACAACGAUGCACACCACAUAUGGAAGAUACAGAUGGCGCCGACUUCCCUUUGGAGUCUCAAGCGCUCCAGAAGAAUUCGAAAUUAGACUAUCAGCCGCCCUGGAAGGUCUUGAUGGUAUCAUAAGUGUUGCAGACGACAUCCUAGUAUAUGGAGAAGGAACAGAUUACGAAAACGCUAAAGAAGACCAUGACCGCCGAUUUGUCGCAUUGAUGGAACGUUGCCUCCAAAAGAACAUCAAACUAAACCCAGSUAAACUCAAAUUUAAACAGAAAGAAGUCAAAUUUAUGGGAUAUAUUAUCUCAGAUAAAGGGAUGCAAGCCGACCCCGAAAAGGUGAAAGCCAUAACAGAAAUGCCAACACCAGAAAACAAAGCAGCCUUACUAAGAUUCAUCGGCAUGAUCAACUAUCUCUCGCCCUUCUGCGAAAACUUAAGCGGGAUCAUACAGCCACUCAGAGUACUGACAYACGAAGGCGUGCCAUACAACUGGUCCUCGACACAAGAGGAAGCUUUCAACAAAGCAAAGACGACCAUUUCCACAGCACCCGUUCUAAUGUACUACGACUUACAGAAGCCAGUGGUUCUUCAAACAGAUGCAAGCGAUGUAGCCCUUGGGGGAGCUCUCCUACAACCUAACAAUGAAGGGAAGUUACAGCCGGUAGCCUUCACUUCAUGUAGCUUGAGCCCGACAGAGCAACGGUACUCMCAAAUUGAGAAGGAGUGCCUAGCCAUAUGUAACUGCUUUCAGAAGUUUGACCAAUGGCUACAUGGAAAGUCUGACAUCGAGGUACACACAGAUCAUCAACCUUUAGAGACCAUCAUGAAGAAACCUCUCAACAAAGCACCUGCACGCUUACAAAGAAUGCUAAUGAAACUCCAGCGAUACAGAUUCAAGCUGACAUACAAGAAAGGCACUUCAUUGUACCUAGCAGAUACAUUAUCAAGAGCCACACUCCCAAAGCCCGUAGAGGUCAAGGUCACAGAUUUCGAAGUCUUUCGACUUGAAAUGGAAAAUGAGUACAAUUCAAACAAUGACCGGCUCUAUGAUGCCACAGAGAAGAGAUUACAAGAAGAAACAGAGAAGGAUCCGGCACUAAAAGAUCUCCAAAGACAAAUAWUUGAUGGUUGGCCGAAUGAAAAGAACUCGGUUACAAUGGAACUACGCCCAUUCUGGUCAUAUCGAGAUGAGCUAACGACAAAGAAAGGAAUAAUAUAUAAAGGAGACAAAGUCCUAAUUCCACAAUCCAUGCAUUCGGAAAUGCUACAGAAGAUACAUGUAAACCAUUACGGAGCAGAGUCCUGUAUCAGGAUGGCAAGAGAAGUAUUAUUCUGGCCAGGAAUGAGGAAAUCCAUUCAAGACUCCUGCGACGCCUGCAGCAUUUGUGCACAGUAUGGUACAGCAACACAAAAAGAACCAAUGCUGUCCCUGCCAAUACCAACUCUUCCUUGGCAGUUAGUCAGUCAAGACAUAUUUGAAMACAACCAAGAGAAAUACCUGGUGACAGUCUGUCAUUUUUCUGACUGGAUUGAGCUAGACAAACUAGAGAACACUCGAUCUACUACAAUAAUAGAGAAGACAAAAACACACUUUGCAAGGUAUGGAGUACCCAAGAUGUGCCACACCGACAAUGGGYCCCAAWUCAUAAGCCAUGAAUACAAAGAGUUUGCAAGAGAGUAUGGRUUUCAGCACACCACCUCAUCCCCGUACCAUUCAAAAGGCAAUGGCAGAGCUGAAGCAGCAGUUAAAGUWAGCAAAGACAUAGUGAAGAAGUCAAAGGACAUACACAGUUCCUUACUCAACUACAGAAAUACACCGCCAAAAGGCCACAACUACUCACCAGCCCAACGGAUGUUCUUGCGACGAACACGAACGAC